AUGGGCUACGACAUGGGGGUCAUCUCCAUCAUCAACGUGAUGGAUCAGUUCCACCAGGUCUUUCCCCGAUCCGAAACGUCGUUUGGAAAAGGUCUCAUGACAGGCAUGUUGCUGCUGGGGGCCUUUGUCGGCUGUCUCUUCAUGUCCUAUCUCGCCGAUCGCAUCUCCCGCAAAUGGGCGUUGACCGUGGUGGUGGUCAUCUUCGACAUCGGAGCCAUCCUGCAGACAGCUGCUGUCAAUUAUGAUAUGCUGGUCGCUGGUCGAUUCAUUGGUGGCAUUGGCGUGGGGACUUUGGCAAUGGGUGCCCCACUGUACAUCUCCGAGGUCUCCCCUCCCGAACUGCGAGGCGUUCUCCUCGUACUCGAGUCCGUCUCCAUCACCCUUGGCGUUGUGAUCGCCUACUGGAUCACCUAUGCCACUCGCCACAUCGACGGAGAAGCCUCCUUCCGCGUCCCGUUCGGGCUGCAGAUGGUCACCGCCACCCUCCUAGGCGCGGGCAUUCAUCUAUUUCCAUACUCCCCGCGUUGGCUCGCCCUCGUCGACCGACAAGAGGAAUGUCUCGCCAGCCUCGCCAAACUCCGACGCCUUCCGACCACCGACGUCCGAGUGCAAGCCGAGUACACCGCGAUUGUCUCCGAAGUCAAAUUCCAGCGGCUCGUCCAAGAGCGCAGACACCCCGGUGCAUCGGGCCUCAAACUGGAGCUGGUCUCCUGGCUCGACCUCUUCCGUAGUGGCAUUUGGAAACGCGUCGCUGUGGGCUGUGGCGUCGCAUUCUUUCAGCAGUUCUCGGGAAUCAACGCUUUUAUUUACUACGCGCCAACACUGUUCGAAUCGCUCGGUCAAUCGAACGAGAGAUCGCUUGUUUUGUCAGGUGUUUUCAAUGUGCUGCAGGUUGUUGCAGCCAUCAUCUGCACCUUUAUUAUUGAGUCAGUUGGACGUCGACCACUCGCCAUCUACGGUGCCUUCGGAAUGACAAUAUCGUAUGCAAUCAUUGCGGUGUUGAGCGGGCUCUUCUCGAGCAACUGGCCCGGCCAUCCGGCUGCGGGAUGGGCAUGCGUGGCUAUGGCGUUCGUCUUCAUUCUGGUGUAUGGAGUCUCAUAUUCCCCUCUGGGGUGGGCGCUCCCCGCGGAAGUCUUUCCCAACGCGUGUCGCUCCAAGGGGGUGGCGCUGGCGACGUGCACCAUCUGGCUUUCCGACUUUGUAGUGGGUAUUGUCACCCCGUCGAUGCUGGCGGAUAUCGGGUACCGGACGUACAUUUUCUUCGCGGUGAUGUGUACGCUGGCGGGUGUGUGGGCGUUCUUCCUAGUUCCAGAAACAAGCGGCAAGACGCUGGAGGAGAUCGACUCGUUGUUUGGGGAUGCAGGGGGGCAUCAGGAGAGGCACCUCGUUCGUGAAGCGCUGGCUGAGGCCGGGAAUAGGGUGUAA